AUGACAACCGAAUUCAGCCAGGAGCAGCUAGACGAGAUCUAUGCCUUCGCGAUUGAUCUAGGGCGCAAGGCCGGCCAUCUUCUGAUGGAAAGUGUUGAGAAGCGCAUCGCAGGCGGUGGUCAGUCCGUCGAGGAGAAGGACAGUGCCGUGGAUAUUGUGACUCAGACAGACGAAGAUGUGGAAGUAUACAUCAGGAAAGCUCUUGAACAGAAAUACCCUUCUCACAAAUUCCUCGGCGAAGAAACAUACGCCAAAGGUCAAUCGCGCGAUUACCUUAUCGACGAACAUCCAACAUGGUGUAUUGAUCCAUUAGACGGAACCGUCAACUUCACCCACAUCUUCCCCAUGUUCUGCGUCUCGAUCGGCUUCAUCGUCAACCACCGCCCCAUCAUCGGCGUCAUCUACGUCCCCUUCCAAGACCAACUUUUCUCCUCCUGUCUCAACCGCGGCGCCUGGCUGAACGAGAAACGCCGCCUCCCUCUCAUCCAAAACCCCUCCAUCCCGCCGCUCCCUCCCACCGCGCCAAGCAAGUGCAUUCUCUCCUGCGAGUGGGGCAAAGACCGGCGCGACAUCCCCGACGGCAAUCUUCAUCGUAAAAUCGAGAGUUUCGUGAACCUGGCGGCCGAGCUGGGCAGUCGAGACGGGAAAGGCGGUAUGGUGCAUGGCGUGCGGAGUCUGGGCAGCGCGACGCUGGAUCUGGCUUAUGUGGCUAUGGGGUCGUUUGAUAUUUGGUGGGAGGGUGGGUGUUGGGAAUGGGACGUUGCGGCUGGCAUUGCUAUCUUGCUGGAAGCUGGGGGGUUGGUGACGACUGCUAAUCCGCCGGAGGACCCGACGACGGCGCCAAUUGAGGACGUUCGUCUGGGGAGUCGGUUGUAUUUGGCUAUUCGACCGGCUGGGCCGUCGCAGACAGAAUCGGGACGACAGUCCCAGGAGAGAACAGUCAGGGAGGUGUGGAAACGCGUACGACAGCUCGAGUACUCUCGACCUGGAGCUUGA